AUGGGCACAAGCGAUGUUUUGAAUAUCAACCGUCGUCGGUUCUACUUCAGCAAUGUCGUGUAUUUUGUAAGUUUUUUGUUUUCUUGUUUGUUUUCAAUGUUUAGAUUGCUGGUUAUGGCUGGAAAAUGAUGUUUUUUCAAAGUUAAAGGUCGAUUUGAUAUUAAUUUUUAAGGAAAAAGGUUUAGGAGCUUAAAAAGUGAAGGUAACUUAAGAUUUUUUUUUACAGUUGUAGAAGGUCUAAAACAAUAUUUUCUAGCUCUUAUACAGCAUUGUUUUUGAUGGAACAACGUUUAGUAGUUAUAAGAAAGAUUAGAAAAGCUUCAAAAACUUGCUUUUGAUAUAAAAUUUAAUUUAAAAUUAGUAAAAACUUUGUUUUAGUUGAUGGGAGCCGGAUUUUUAGCCAUUGGAAUCCAUCUCUACACGGAACAACAUACUUAUGCGGCGUUGGCACCUUCUAGUUAUUCCGCAAUGUCUACAGCGGGUUUGUGUGUUUGUGCUGGAUGUAUGAUAAUGAUAGUGGCAUUGAUUGGCUACGUCGGAGCUUCUUUGGCUUCAAAAUGGCUGAUUUCUGUGGUAAGUUAAUGGUUUUUUUAUUUUAGGUAUUAGUUUGACAAAGAUAUUGCGUUUAAAAGAUAGAGAAGAUUCUUGUGCAGGGUUUGAUGUAGAAUUUACGGUAUUCAAGGCUAUUUUUGUUUCAGUACAUUCUAUUUGUUGUGAUCUUGUUCUUGGUUCAAGUCGUGACCUUAGUUGUUGGCUUUUUGCACUUGGACCUAGCUAGAGAACGAAUUAGACACAGUUUGUAUUCCACUAUCAAUCGAACUUUUGUUACUGAUUAUGGACCAGAAAGCAGUUUCAGAUUGACUUGGGACUACAUGCAGGAGACGGUAAGUUGUUAUAGGUAUCAAUCAGAUCAGCCAAAUUUUAUCUUUCUUACAAAGAAUGGUUUAAAACUCAACUUUUUUGAUUUAAAAAUGUAAAAUACGGAACAUAGACUGUUUGACUUCAAUAUCAAUCAAAUUUUAGUUGGAAUGCUGUGGUGUAGAAGGCUACGACGACUGGUACUAUGCAGCCCGUUGGCCAAAGAAUAGAUUCGUGCCGGAUUCUUGUUGUAAAGCUCCGUUUUUUGGUGAAACCUCACGUGAUAACUGUGGUAAAACCAAUAUAACGAAGAUGUUUUUUGAGAAUGGAUGUUAUCAACCGUUUACCGACUGGCUUCUACGCCAUUUGAGCGUUAUUCGCGUGUUUUCUGUUUGUUUUAUUGUUAGUGAGGUAGGUUUUUGGCUGAUUUUGAUACUUUUGGUCGAUUUCAGCUUUCUCCGUGUUUUUUGGUCGAUUUAAUUUUUUUUUUGAUUUUCAGUCGAGUCUUCUGUUCUUAUCAGCGAAAAUUUUGAGUUGUUUGAGAAAGUUGAAAAAGGCGAGCAAAGCCCCAUCCUAUCGAUUUACUCGUACUCAUCGUGGCGAUGAGAAGCUUAUCACUGAAGCUACUUGA